AUAAAACCAAAAAGAAGAAGAAGAAGAAGAAACGAAAGCGGUAUUAACCUGCAUGUUAAAAUGUGCACAUCGAAAACACAUUUCCAAAGAAGUAUAAAGGUAAAUAAAUAAUAAUAAUGUAUUAUUAGUCAGAGCAACCUCUUCAGGACUUCUCAUGGAAGUCCUCGUUCUCCUGUUGAUCUGCUUUUCUGCAGGGGAAGCUCUUAACGUGAGGGCACUGGUCGGUGACGACGUCACUUUGUCUGUCGAUACGACGACGUCGUCAGACAUCGGCGAGAAUGUAAUGGAGUGGUCCAGGACGGACCUGAAUCCUGAUAUUGUCCAUCGGCAUGAAAACCGUCGGACCAUUUAUGAACAUCAGAAUCCGGCAUACAGAGGCAGGACGAUGCUGUCAGCAGAAGAUCUGGACAGAGGAAUCAUCUCCCUCAAACUGCCCCGCGUCCGACUGGCCGAUGAGGGGAACUACACCUGCCUGUUCAAGUCCGCAGAAAACAUGUACACCGUCCAUCUCCUUGUAGGUGCAGCCUCCUCCCCAGUCAUAACCCUGGAGGAAGUCAAGGGUGAGGUCCUGGUUCUGGGCUGCCGGGCUAAAGGCUGGUACCCACAACCAAAGCUCUCCUGGUGGACCACUGAUGGACUCCCCCUGCCCGCUGUAACCAUGACUACCACCCAGGACCCCAACCAACUCUACAACAUUUCCAGCACCGUGGAGGUGGAGUCGAGGAGCCUGAGCAGAUACCUCACCUGUAGAGUUCACCAGGAGCUCUUCAACCAGACCAGGGAGACGGAGAUACACCUUCCUGAGAACAUCCUUUCUGGUUUGGCCCGGUCUUGUCGAACUACAGAUGGAUUGAUUGCUGUUGCGGUGGUGCUCGCUUUGAUGACUAUUGUUAUUAUUAUUAUUAUCGCCUACAGAACCCUUUGUAGAAAAUCCUAGAACGAGAUGGAAAGAACGGGCCAAAAUGAAGAUCCUAAGACACUCACACAAGCAGCCACUGCCCACUAUGUGCCUCUAGCUGCCUGCUACUACUCGCUAUCUGUCUCUUGCUUGCUGCUCAAGCCCAAUUUGUGCCUCUAACUAGCUGCUACUGCUCGCUAUGUGCCUCUAAUGGCGUGUUUCCAACGGUGGAUGCGUUUAGGCCCAGUACGAUUAGGACCGAUAGUGUAGGUGCAGUUAGGCACAGCCAUGUUGCGGCUCGCGUUUCCUCCGCCGACCGAAUACUUUACGGUAGGGUGGGGUUUAAGCCGGGUGGUGAUAGCCCCUGUAACUACGUAAGCAUCGUGACUUCAUAGAAGCCAGACGCAGUGUUGCCUGCUAAUAAAUCCAAGGAAAAAGAAAAAGGCGACACAAUAAUCAAAGAGCGGCAAUGUAGGACGUCCAAGAAGGACAGAAAACUUUUGCGUGACAUUUUCUUCACUAAACAAAGCUUUCACCGUUGUCCAGAAGUAUCUUGCGGGUACUGUGUUUGUUUAUUAUUAUCCCUAGGGCUGGGUAUCGUGGCCAAUUACCUAAAUCGAUUCGAUUUCGUAAGGUUCAUAAGGUUCUGAAUCGAUUAAUUACUAUUCGAUUAGAUUCAAUCUGCUCUUAAAUAAUGAAAAUAGCUCAACUGUGUUACAAAAUACACUUGUACUUUAUUUUCUCUUCAUCUUAAAGAACAGGUUUUAAGUGCAAACUUGUAAAUUGGACAGUCUUAACUUGGAAUGUUGGUCCUCGAACAACAUUCCAUCUCUGCAAAUUGCAUUAAGGCGUUGUUUAUUAAGGGACAAAAAUAAUAAUAAUGGUAACAAAAUGAAAAAAAAAAAAUGAAUCGAUAUUGCAAAAUGUAAAUUAAAUCAAUUUUUUUACCCAGCCCUAAUUAUCCCCCUGUCGCAUGGAAGUGAUGAUUCUGACGACCAAUUAACGGACGGCGUGUGUAGCUCAAACAUGUUGGCACCCUUUUGUUGGACCUAUAAGUUCACUUGAGAUGUCAAUUAUAUUAUAAAUUAAAUGGAAUAUAGUAAUACAUCAGGCAUCUGAUAUGAAUUACAAUACAGUUUGAUCCAACUGCGCAUUGUGUUUGGUUGAGCACCACCUAGCCACCCUAGGAUAAUUCUACAGGUCUGUGAAAGUCUGCAGGACACUACCAUUAUUGACGCAAAGAAUUGCAAAGAAUUACGAAGCUCACUUCAAUGAGCCAGUAUUUUCUGAAGCCAAUAUGCUUGAGUUUUUUAUUGAUGCAUAGCUUUAUUAGACGUGAUUAUUCUUAUGCAUAUUUGUGUUUUAGUUACCUUUUUGUUAGAUGUGUAUUUUAGUAUUUGUAGGGAUGGCACCAGGCUGCUUGAGUGUUAUCUCCCUGUUGGGGAUGAGGUUGUUUGUAUCAGGCUUUUGAUGUGGUGUUCUGUGCUAUACUUUUUUUGAUACAAUACUAUGUAGAUCAACUGUUAUUCUGGAUGCUAGAUGCCCGUUACCCUGGAGGUUUGUUUACAUUAAUGGCAUCACAAGAAUUCCGUUACCAUUUUGACUCUGUUUCACUAAAAGGAGCAGUAGGCUAUAUUUCGAGGAAAUUCCCCCUGCCCUAAGCCCCUCCCAAACAAAGGGCAAAUAUUGUGAUAUUCCUGGUUGGCAGCUACAAACUAUCCAGUAUUGGUGUUUUUUUUUAUGAUAUUCCUGAUGUAAGUCACUUCGGAAAAUGUUCAUCUGUUGCAUAGCCUUGCUGAGCGUUCGCUAGGAUGUUUCCUUGGUGGAGCUGGCAUAUUCCUUAGCAACUGUAUAUUGCUAGUUUCACCCCAUUCACCUUUACUCUCACCAUGAUUUGUCAGCACUGAAUAAUGUACUCGACGUCUAAUAGUACGUACGACAUGUGGGGCCAGAGCAACAGCAACACAGAGACUUCAUACCAUUGUGCACCAAGUGCCCACCUCUCAGGACAUUGUCCGUCAGACUUCUUGCAUUGAAGUUAAAUUGUGUGCCAAUCUCUUGCGGUGUGCUACACAGUCUGCCAGUUUACUUUCACACGUGCAUGUCCUUACAUUAAGGGUCCCGAGCCGAAACGCAUGACUCUAAUUUCGCUCCAUUCGUAUUAUAUUGGAAUAAAUCACUGUAUCCUACUUAACUAUUAACCCUAUACUAAACAAUAUAUAUGAUAUGUCACACAUAUCGCGCUAAUCAGGAUCUUCACACUUAAUCAGAUAGAAGAGAGAAUCAGAUAAAUUGCCUUUCAUAAGGCCUAUGUGUUCCAGAAAGAAAUAGGCUAAUUCAACUUGCUCUGUCAUUGCUCUGUUAGCUCGCCCGACUGCAUGUCAGGCUACCCGGGGUGUACGUAUCACACAAGGGGACGGAGGGGGAGCUGACUGGAGUGAGUGAUGAUUGGACUAGGUUGUUCUGAGAUCCAGGCUAAAAACGACAGCAAGUUCCUUUAUCCUAAAACAAUUGACAAUUAUCCGAAAAAUAUAUAUUUGUGGUGUACUUUUCUCAUUGUUAAAUAAAUAACAAAAACCUUCCUGGCUCCAAAAGUGGAUCGUUUUAAGAAGCGGUAAUGAACCGGUUGAAUGAAUAAAUAAAAAAGUAAAACAAGGUAAAUAUACAACAUAUAAAAAAAAAGAAUGCAUUGUGUAAUACAUUCUUUCUUUAUGUCUGGAGACCAUUAGUAUUCUCUGCUCCAACAACUCAACAUAACAGGUCGAUAUACAGAUACCAACAUAACAGUUUACAUACAUGGUUAUGUUUAACGGGAGGAAUAUUAUGUUUCGUAUGCACAUUGUUGUGUGUGUGUUUGUGUGUGACUUCUAUGCAGCUUUAAUGUCCCUAUAUUAUUUGCCAUUUCUAGCUUUCUAUUUUCUAUGUUUUGACUGAACAGCCCCUUUCUACCCUUGCUUCGAAAAGCCCUUCAUACAUUUCACCACAUGUACUCACAUGUACUUAAAUUAUCUGCAUUUCAUUCUACCAUGAAUAAAAAAAUAAUUGAUUCUCG